AUGCCAUCGCUGCCAUCAGAAGAAGCUACCCAAGCCUCGCCAGCCCCGCCAGCCCCGCCAGCCCCGCCAGACAUCUUCCCACCAGACGAAGAAUCGCAGCUCCUUUCCGAAUCCAAUACGGAAAAGGCCUCUGCCAACAGAGCCUUCACCACCGGCGAGUACAAUGGUGCCAUACAAAGCUACGAAAAAGCCCUUGCAGUCUGCCCUGCCUAUCUCGAGUACGACAUCGCAGUCCUGCGCUCCAACAUUGCAGCAUGCCACUUGAAGCUCCAAGAAUGGAAGCAAGCCGUCGAAUCCGCUACACAGGCACUGGAAGCAUUAGAUAGACUGGAUCCACCACCAGCAAAAGACAGCGCAGACAAGGCAGAAGGCAACCCUAGCAGUGGUGGUGGUGGUGUUGGUGGUGGUGUUGUGGGCGAAAUCGACGACAGCACAGAAGUCGUGCUCGAUGCACUCGCGAGGACUGGUCACAGCAUAAACGACGUCCACAAGCUGCGUACAAAAGCUCUGCUGAGGCGCGCAAAAGCACGACAUGAAGUGGGUGGCUGGGCAUCGUUACAAGGAUCGCUGGAAGACUAUCAAGCACUAGCAAAGCCGCCGAACCAGCUGUCGAGCUUGCAUAUGAAGGCUGUGAUAGCUGCGCUGCGGAAACUGCCUACCGAGCUGGACGAGGCGAAGACGGCUGAGAUGGCGGAAAUGAUGGGCAAGCUAAAGCAGUUGGGGAAUGGCAUACUGAAGCCGUUUGGCCUGAGUACGGAGAACUUCCAGUUUACAAAAGACGAGAGCAGUGGCGGUUACAGCAUGAAUUUCAAUCAAAAUGCGGGCAAGUGA